ACAUUGAUAUUGGCUGUGCAUUAAUGUAUCCAGCUCGGACAUGAUUCAUUCCUGGAUUGGUUUUGAUUAUGUUCAACCUCAUAAUUGAACUCGCGCACUGCAUGGUGCAUACUUUGGUCAGCGGCGUAUGGGCGUAGCAUUGGCCGUGGAAUCUGUAUUAUUGUAUGAUUCAAAUUGCUGUCCAACUGUCAUUGCCGCGACUGCACUACAUUUGCCUCACUGCUCCGUCAUCGAUGUGUAUCUUUGCAUUUAUCAUAUUCACUCCCAUCUGCGCAAAUCUGUUUUCGUUUUGGUUGCAAAAAUGUACUUAUGCAGUUAAAAUUAUUUGCCGGUUAUGUUUGUUAUUUUUUAACGUGCCGGUUCAAUUUGGUAUUUCCGUAAUCAGUUUGUAUAAAUCUUAUGUGUGCUGGUUGUUUUUAUCAUUUUGACAGAAAUUUUUGUUGCUACAGUUUGCUACCACCACUAGCUUAUUGCAGUGUAUGCAUAAAUUAAUGUUUGAAGUUGAGUCAUUUUUGGUUUCGAUUUUCACUUACCCAUUAGUUCAGCCCGUGUGCGCGCUUAAUAUUUUACUGAAUAAUUCUGUUAGAAGAGUGGACUCGGAAUUUAGUGGCAGACCGGAACUGAAUUAUAUGCGCCCGUUGUUUUUCGGACUAAUGCUUCCCCGAACCAUUUCGGCAGUUUUGUGACCUGCAUUUUUCUCGGUGAACAGUCACAGUCGUGUUUAGUUAGCGUUUAUAAUUCCGCGUACUGCACAGUGAUUUCGAUUGUAUAUGUGUACAACAUUUAAUCGAUUCGUGUUGGAAAAGUUUUUUAUUUGCUGCACUCCUGGAGUGCCUCUCAUCCUGCGCAUCAUCUAUCUCCGCAUCGAACGCGAUCACGUAAUUGUCCCACUAGUGUCAGCGGGAUGACCGAAUUUUGCGACUGCGCUUGACACAUAUGCGCAUUACUCACUGCAGCUAAAUGCUCACAAUAAUUUUUAACGAUAUGUACCAGUAGAAAUACACUUUGUACAGGAUAUACGCGCGCGCCGGUAUUGUGCCUGGGCCAGCCUGGCCAUAUAUAUAAUGAUCUGUUGUGAUUUUUUAUUUAUUUGUUCAGGAUUUGACAGCCCGUUUCAUAAUGUUUUUAAUGCACAUGUUUUUCCUCAUGGAUUUAUGCGCCUACACCAUUUCCGCACUGGCGCUCAUCAUGAUCAGGCCCUAAUCUAGAUCGCGAGAGCAAUUUUCACCGUAAAAUGCGAUAACUGUUGCGAGUUACGCAUGGCUGGCAGAAAGACAUUUAUCACCUACCUGCAGCUGCAACCGCACUGAUAUGUACUCCAACUAUAAAUGCUACCUGAUGUUGACGGCCAUUUUGCUCAGCAAGAAAAGAGUUUUUGUGUGUGCCAUUUUUUUGCGUAUAUUUAUCAUGAAAAUAUCGUCGGCGGCCCUUUAGCAUAUGCACUGCUCUGACAUAAUCAAACUAAUUUAUGUUCAUUAUUAGCGCUGAGCUGCCAGUCUUCGUAUUGAAUAUAAAACGAUGAGCGUCGGGGGGACGGUCUGAGCAUUCUGUGUGGACAAUUUGUUCAUACCGUCAGGCCAUUGUUGAGCGGUACUUGACGGUUAGUACAAAAACGACACCAUGACCUCCUGCAACGCCGACAACAAUAACGCUGAUUGUCCGCGUACACUCAGCGAAGCACUGGCGUUCUUCUUGUCACGAUCUUCUCCAUCGACGAAUACUAUACUUAACAGUGAGCCGCCGUCACCGCGACCGGCAGUGUGUAGAAAUCGAGAGUCGCGGAUCUUUCAGCAGAUUCAGCUUUUUGAGAAUAACCUUCGCCACGCUCAUGUGCAGAAGGCCGUGCCGGAUCCGCCAGCAUCAUCGGAAUAUUCUUCGUGCCCCCAGCCGGCGCCGCUGCAUCAGGAUAAUCCCAACGUUAACCGUAACGACCAAUCAAUGAACAUGCUUAACCCCAAUGAACCCUUCUAUGUCAAUCUGCAAGACGCUCCACCGGAAGCCGUCCUCUUGCGGCGCGCCCGCGACACUAAUGUUAUUAAACGGAAACCGAUGCCUAACCCGCGGUUAUCGGUGCAGCUUCUCAGUCCCCGCCAAGAAUGCCCGGAAGUACGCGUACCGGAAGUGCCGCUGGUCAUUUCACCGCGGCGUCGCUCCACGGAUACCCCACGCCGUGCUCCGCCUCCGGUGCCCCCUCCGCCGCCGCCGACCAAUCGGCGCUCAUCCGUCAUUCCGGAAUUGGCGCCGCUGACGUUACCGGCACUGCGCAAUUCGCAGCAUGCCGAUGCGCACCACCACGCGCGUCGCCAUAGCACCCUCCCGGGCGGCAUUCGCCUGGCGCUGAGCCCGACCAGUCCGGUUAGUGGCCUGAAAUCGCCGUACGGAGCGCCGAAAUUCAUGAACGAAUAUUCGCAUCCCACACAGCGUCCGUUACCCGAAACACCGAAAGAAUCGGCGGAAGACGAUAAUUACAAUGAUUCCUGUGGUGAUCCGGUGUAUCAGGAGAUUGCUUGUGAAAAUCCGAACGAUACAACUCGCAACGGCUUGGAAAAUGUUGUGCCGUUGAGUUUACCGUGCGCUGCACCGCCACAUCAGAAGAAGAACAAAUGCGGCCGGAAAUUUACGAAAAACUUCCAUUCGCUACGCGGACUACCGGUGGAAUUCGACGCGGACGCCGGCCGCAGUAAACCGCGCGCCUCGUCAUUUACCACGGCCGACUUAGUGCAGUUUCCACCGGCGCAUUCCUCGCGCUCCCAUUCCACCGGCUGCUCGUCCAUUUUGUCGCUGACGGAAUCGGAUUCGGGCGUUUCUCUGGAAGUGGACUCGAACCGCGACGACUCCAGUUUAUUGUAUGGACGGUACGGUGUGUCCCUGUCCAGCGGGGAAUUUCAGAGCGUAGUGGAGAAAGUGAAAGGCUUUCAGAAUCGCUCGGAGAGUCUGAACAACGAUGCCCGGGUUAAAAACAGCCCCAAGCAACCGCAUCACGACAGAAAUCGUCGGCACACUCUGCCGGUAACGACGACGGCAACCGUAUUAGAUGAGGGUGAAAAUGAUGCGGAACACAGCAUGGACAUGAUUAGUGAGAUCGCUCAUUAUCCGUCGCGCGGUUUAUGGUGUCAACAGCCGAGCGUGGUGCGUAGCGGGAUACUGGAGCGGUUGUCGGAAGAGGAGCGCAAACUGCAGGAAGCCACGUAUGAGAUCAUUUGUUCGGAAGCCUCCCACCUGCGCAGCCUGAACAUUCUCAUUAACGUCUUUAAAAACGCCCCGGAACUGAACGCGAUAAGUGACAAACUGAGUCCCGGUGAAAUGCCGUUGGCGGUGUUGUCGGCGCAGGAAGAGCGCAAUCUCUUCCUCAACAUCACCGACAUCCGCCGCAUUAGUGCGCAUCUCCUGCAACGCCUCCACAAACGGUGGGUGGAGCAUCGCAACAACACCGGUCUGGUCACGCUGCCGGAUUUCAGCGAUAUUCUCGAGGAUUUCGCUACCGGCGAAUUUAAACCCUACGUCAAUUACUGCUCUAAUCAGCUGUUCCAAGAUCGGACGCUGAAGAAUUUAAAAGAACGCCGUCGCUUUGUGGACAUUGUCAAGCGCUUGGAGGCGCAUCCGGCGUGCGAACUGCUCGAUUUUCGAUCGUAUUUGAUGCUGCCCAUGCAGCGCAUCACCCGCUUGCCGCUGCUGUUGUCCGCCGUUAUGAAACGGCUCAACAGUGCAUCAAGCGAGUUUAGUAAAUACGGCAACGCCUUGGCUGCGGUGAACAAGGUUGUGAAAGACUGCGAUGAAGGGGCAAAAAGAUGCGCUUGCAUUGAGGAAUUAUGCCGAAUUGAUGCGAUGCUGUUAUUUGACGUAUCAUUAAAGAAAAUUCCCAUCAUUUCCGCAUCGCGGUCGCUGGUCAAACGGGGUACCGUCGAUAUGAUUCAGAUUGAGCACAAAAUUUUACCGCGCCGUACAUUCCAUAAAAAGUCCGUCCAUAUUUUAUUGUUUAACGAUUUGUUUGUGCUUACGAAACCGCGAAGUGGCAGCGAAGAAACUCUGACAGUAAUGGACUACUGUCCGCGGAACCUCUUGGACUGCUUGCCGGUGAGCUAUGCCGAACGUGACGAUCUGCUGGCCCAUACAUCCGUUAGCACGCAGUUUACCACACCGGAUACAUUCCGUGGUGUGAAAUUGGUUCUACUGCGAAACCAUGCUCAAAAAACAGUGGAGUUUUUCGUCGUUAUGACACUUGAGAGUGAUUAUAUGCGAUGGAUCAGUGUUCUCAAUCCGUCGGAGAAAGUGGAAGGUGAUGAGAAAGUUUAUGACGUCUGGGAUUGCCCGCAGUAUGAAAUUCUGACGGAUUACGAGGCGAAAGAAAACGAUGAGCUGAAUUUAUCGGCCGGCGAUGUAGUGGAUGUGUACCGGAAAUCAUCCGAUGGCUGGAUGGAAGGACGACGCGUCCGUGAUGGCAUGCAUGGUUGGCUGCCUACCGGUGUCGCCAAGGAGCUGAUGACGGAACAUGCCAGGGCCAGGAUUCUGAAAGAGCGCAACAGACUCCUCGUGGCAUCUGCUCAAUUUAUGCAUGACAGGCUAAAGACAACGCCAUAGAUAUUUUCCGGGUUGAAUUUUCCAAUCGAAGUCCAAGAGCAGUUUAUGUUUCUACUUCCGAUAUGUAAAUUGUGUAUUCUGGUUUUGCUGAAGAUUCUGAGAUUUACUGUAAUUCUUCAGGUGAUAAAAUCCGAUGUGCAAUAAUAAUU